GAUCACUGUAUUGAAAAGCGUCACAUUGCAUGGACAGAUCGAUCCUCCCACAGCAUGCAGGAGCACUCAUGCACCUAAAGUUCACUUGCCUACAUCUGCUCUCGCUGCUGCUUUGCUUUGAAAAAGUAAAGUGCUUUUUUUUCUCCCACGGAUAUGCAUUCAGUACGCUAUGCAUCGGUGUUGUUUCCGAGGAUGAAGCUGAUCCUGAAGGUACAAUAGCGUGUCGCGCGCAGAGGGGAUGCGCGAACUUUACAGCCAUCAUCCCGUCUAUUAUUAUAGGGCUGAUAUCUCACAGAUAAGGUUCAUGUUGUAUGUCCUCGGUUAAAAUGGGCCAAUCAGAUCUCGCCAAUGCAACGGAGGACGCGCUCCACGAUGGAGAUCAAGAGACCGGCCUGGGAAACAACAGCAUGAACACCUACAAACCAGCUUUUGUGGAUGACAUCACCAAGCACCUGAGCGUUCAAAUUUCUCUCAUCUUUGCAUAUUCACUCAUAAUCCUGCUAGGACUCGUGGGUAACACCCUCGUCAUUUACAUGAUCUUCCUGUACCGAAACAUGCGCACCGUCACCAACUACUUCAUUGCGAACCUGGCCUUGGCCGACCUGAUGGUGGACACGGUGUGUUUGCCGUUCACGCUGGUUUACACGUUGCUGGACGAAUGGAAAUUCGGAGCGGUGAUGUGUCACAUGGUGCCUUACAGCCAGGCUCUCAGCGUCCACGUGUCCAUUCUCACCCUGACGGUCAUCGCCGUAGAGCGCUACAGGUGUAUCGUCUUCCACCUCGGCCAGCGGCUCAACCGCUGCACUAGCUUCAUCAUCAUCGGCCUGACCUGGACGUUCGCCGCCAUACUGGCCGGUCCGCAGGCUAUUUUCCGAGAGUAUCGCCAAGAGGAAAUCCCUUACAUUGACCUGCAUAUCGCGGUUUGCUCCGAGAAAUGGCCCAACGGCACCAACCGGGACGCCAUCAUCUACAGCCUAUCAAUGCUUCUCCUGCAGUAUGUGGUUCCUCUGGCCAUCAUCAGCUAUGCUUACGUGUGCAUCUGGAUCAAACUGAAGAACCACGUCAGCCCUUCCAACCGCAACGACAGCAUCGUCCGCCGGAAGAAGACCACUAAGAUGCUGGCGUUCGUGGUCGUGGUCUUCGCGAUUUGCUGGCUUCCCUUCCACAUCUUUCAGCUGGCCAGCGAUCUCGAUUUGAUUCUCAAGUUCAAGGAAUACAAACUCAUUUAUACCUUGUUUCACAUUGUGGCGAUGUGCUCGACUUUUGUCAAUCCGUUGCUCUACGGCUGGAUGAACCAGAAUUACAGGAAUGGAUUCCUCAUGUUCUUCCGCUGUGAACACAAACCAGACUCCAUCUACCCGGAUGGGUCCUUCAGGACUCGAUCGCUGAGAGGGAUGAUUGUGAACGGGUUUAAUGAUGGUCAGCCUGCGGCUGCUGUCUGAUCAUGGAGACAGAGUACUUCUCAGUCUGGAGAAGACUGCUUACUGCACAGUAUAUAGUACGCUAGGGUACGGCAGGGAUAAAGGCACAUUUGAUUUUAUUCUCCUUUAAACCACUAGAUGGCACAAAGACUCACCACAGCCCUUUCCUAAUCAUCCACUCUUCAGUUUGCAUGUGGAAAUUUGGCUGUCCUUACAAAAAAUAAGUAUACUUCAAGUUAAUUUUAUUAUGUAAGGUUCAAGUAUAUUUUUAAGUAUACUUUAUGUAGCAAGCAUACUAAUUUGUAAGUGUACUAUUUCAAUAGUACUUGGGAUUAAAUUGACCCACUUUUUUGUGUAUAAAAGUAUAAUUUUAAAUGUAACAGUAGUAAACUUUUCACUAUUUUAAACUAUGUUUUUCCAAACCGGUCUCAUGCCAAUUCAUACAUAUUUUACGAGGUGGCUAAUUUGUAUUAAUUCGUACGACCUCACUUGUAUGAAUUUGUACGUUUUUUGCUAAAUCGUACGUAUUUUAGUUGCCACAUUCGUACGAAUUACCUACCCCUAACAAAUCGCAUGAAUUCAUAUUAGCCACCUCUUAAAAUAUGUACAAAUUGGUCUUGCGAUAACGUUGCGUUUUUCAUUUGUACUUCAACUAUACUACAAGUGAACUUACAGGUAUACAGAUAGUUUAAAUAGCACAUUUUUUAGUCUGUGAAAGUACACUUUGAAGUAUACUCUCAGUAAACUACUAGUUUAGUAGUUUUAUACUGCAAACAUACUUGUAAGUUUUCCUUAAGUGAACUUAACAUCAUCAUUAUUAUAGUUUAGUAUUUAUAUAUGAUUUUUGCACUGUAAGUAUACUGCUGUGUUUCUAUUUAGGUAUUUAUUUUAUACUUGAGAUCUUUAACUGUACUUUAAGUAAAUUGCAACUAGUGGACGACACAAAAAUACACAUACUCAGAAUUAGGAGCAUAUCUGUUUUCUUUAUGAAUCAAUAUAAGUUUAUAAGACAGUAUGUGGAUAAAACAACUACACAACUACAAAACACUUAAUUACACUUUCAAGUAUAUCUCGAUAGUAUAGAUAAAAUAUAUUUAGACUUUUCUGUCAGUAUAAGUGAAGUAUACUUAAGGGUGCAUGAAAAGAAGUAUGUAUAAAGUAGACUGAAAGUAUACUUUUUUUAGUUUAAAAGAAGUAUACUAAUAGCACACUUCAAUAGUCUUCUUUUUUGUAAGUGUGAUUCUGCGCUAAUUUGUUACACAGACAUUCAGCAAAUGAGAAUCUAUAAAAUUACCUAAAAUAUAUUGAGACAAAUAUCUUGUUAUUGAUUAAAUCAACAGUUUUUGAAUAACUGAAGCACACUAAGUUGGGUUAAAAAAGG